GGUACCCUGAUCCUGCGUUGGUUGGUAAUGUGAAGUCUGAAGUAGUGAAGAGGCUCAGCGCAGGACAAGAUUAUCUUAGCCCAGACCUAUUUGUAACACUGACCAGGUUGUAGAACAGAUCGUUGAUACGGUCCGGUUUUCGUCCGAGGAAGACAGUGAGGGCCGAGGGGCUGGGUAGCUAGUGAUACUAUUUCAUCGCUUCUUCAUUCAAUCCCCGCCGGUUGCCAACACUAACAGACGCCGACACAGUUCAUCACCAGCCUGCCUCAUCAUGAGCACAUUUGCCAUCGCCCGAAGACCAGCAUGCCUGGCACGACCUUGGUUGCGGCUGCGGGGCAACACGAGGGUAGUGAUCGGUGGUGCGGGACUGGGAGUUGACGCUGGCAGUGGGGUGAUCGGAAGCCAGCGACGUCAUUUGGCUUACAAUGCUGGCUCGACAGAGCUGACCACGAACGUGCUCAGCUACCAUCAACACAAGGACUCUUACAUUCGCGAUGUGAAGCCGACAACUAACCAGGUUGAUUUCUUUCAAGAAAACGGUUAUGUGGUCAUGGAAGGUCUCCUUGACCCGGAUCACCUGCAGAAAUGGCGUGAUGUUAUUGACUCAGCUGUUGAAAUGCGAGGUAAAGAUUGGUCGUUUCCCGUAAAAGGCCAAGUGGAUGUCACGAAUGUCGAAAUGGAUUUCUACCAGAAGGUCUUCACACAGCGCAUCAACCUAUGGAUUACCAGCGAGCAGGCCCGGCAUCUGCUCUUCGCUGCACAAGCAGUACUGGCACGCGCUGCAUGUAACCUGGGCGGCAUUAAUCGCGUACGUCUCUGGCACGACCAGGCACUCUACAAAGAGCCGUGGGCCAAUGCCACCAGUUGGCACGUGGACGUACCGUACUGGAGCUUCGACUCGGUGAAUGCCAUCAGCGCCUGGAUAGCAUUGGACGACGCGACGAUGGCUAACGGCUGCAUGCACUUCAUACCAGGUUCACAGAAGCUCGUCGAGAAGGGAUACGCAGAAGAUGGAUUCUUCCGCGAGAUAAAAAUCGGCAAGAACAUGUCGGACGUGUUUGAGUUCUUCCCGGAAGCUAGGACAUGGCCGAGCACGGCGGUGGAGAUGAAGGCAGGAUCUGUGUCUUUCCAUAGUGGCGCACUGAUUCACGGUGCUGGGGCAAACAUGACACCGGGCAGGCGCCGUGCGAUGACAAUGGGCUUCAUGCCCGAUGGCUCCGUGUUCAAUGGCAGGCAGAACAUACUGACCAAUGAACAGUGCGCUGUACUCAAGGUCGGUGACAAGCUGACCGACGACACACAGAAUCCACUGCUCUACGACACCGGCGUGUGAUGCAAAUAGUUCGGAUAGAACCGAGCAGCGGUACAUUCAUAUAGUCUUCUGGUACAUGUUGAAGUACAGCACUGGCAGCGUGGCUUUGUCUCGCUACUCUAGUUCUCAGCCAGUCAUAGUGAAGAGCAACGUCACAUUCAGCAGUCCGCUAAGCCUUGGCUGGCAA